AUGGCCUCACGCAACCUCGACGAGGCCCUUGUUCGUCUUGACAAUACCAUGCACUCUAUGACCCUCAAUAUGGACAAGCUUCGCAACCGCCUUGCUCCUGUGCCUUCCUCCACCACGCCCAACCGCACACCAGUCCCUUGCCACUCCACCUCUGUUCCUGCACAAAUCCGAUAUGCCUCAUCACCGUAUGAGGAUCCUAAUUAUCGGCUUGUCGGCCCCCUUCCUGUUGCCUUGCUUCAUCUCGGGUUUGACGUCGGAGAUCCGCCGCACAGUCCAGGUCCACCAGCCUAUGACUGUGGACCAGGCCGCCAGCCUUGUGAAGAUCCAGGAGCAGAAGCUAUCGAACCUUCAUCUGCCUCCACCGCGGCCGCGACCCCGCCGUUGGUAGCUCCACCACCAGCCCCUUUGGUUCCCCCUCGUAUCACGCCUUUGCCCCCUUUGCUGCCUUCCCCGCCAUAG